CAGCGCUGCUGGUGAGGUCCCGCCCUGUGGGGUAUUUAGGUAACUUCCAAGUGAGUGAGGACCUGGGGUGCGUAUUAUGGCUACCUUGGUGGAUGAAGCCAUGGAAAGCUACGUGUAUCCCUCCUACAACCCCUAUUCCUACCGCUACCAGUCACCCAAGGGCAAGGGGGGAGCGGGCCCUUGGCGACAGCGGGGUGGCUAUUUCUCCGGCUAUGGCGAGACAGCGGCAGUGGCGGCCGCGGCAGCGGAGUAUUUCGACAACUAUCAGCGGGCACAACUGAAGGCAAUCUUGUCGCAGGUGAAUCCUAACCUAACACCGCGCUUGCGCAAAGCCAACACCAAGGAGGUGGGCGUGCAGGUCAACCCGCGCCAAGAUGCCUCCGUGCAGUGCUCGCUUGGUCCGCGGCCGCUGCUGCUGCGCCGUCGAGCAGCGGGCGUCCCGCUGGAGCAGGAGCAAGGCAGCCCAGUUAGCGGCAGCGCCCGGCCCGUGCGCUUCCCCAGGACCAUCGCCGUCUACUCGCCAGUGGCCUCCCGCCGCCUCACCACUUUCCUGGAGGAACCGGAGCCUCAAGAGGCGGGAGCUUCGCCCCCAGCGCAACAGCCGCGGGAAGGCGACGAAGACGCGGUAGCGGCAGUCCGCGCAAGCUGGGAGAAGCCGGAAGAGAGCCCCGCCGAGCCCCGGGAGCAGCGGCAGCCUCAGGCGGAGGACAAAGAGCCGCCGGCGGCGGCGCCUGAAGUGGGGGAGGAGGAGGAUAAACCUCCCGCGAAGUUUCAGGAAGAGGUGCCGGAGGAGAAGCGGGAAGCCGAGGGCGGGCCCCAAGCCGCGGGAAAACCAGCGGAAGAGCAGCAACCUCAGGAGGACUCUGGGCCGAGCAAGACCCGCGUGCGCUUCCAGUUCCUAGAGCAGAAGUAUGGCUAUUACCACUGCAAGGACUGCAACAUCCGUUGGGAAAGUGCUUAUGUUUGGUGCGUGCAGGGCACAAACAAGGUUUAUUUUCGACAGUUCUGCCGAACUUGCCAAAAGUCCUACAAUCCCUACCGUGUAGAGGAUAUCACCUGCCAAGCGUUGCCACUGUGUCUGUUUCAGAGUUGCAAGCAGACAAGGUGCACCUGUCCUGUGAAACUGCGCCACGUAGAUCCCAAGAGACCCCAUCGUCAGGAUCUCUGUGGAAGAUGCAAAGGCAAACGUCUCUCAUGUGAUAGUACAUUUAGUUUCAAAUACAUUAUUUGAGCAGGAUAAUGGCAAAAAUAUCCUGAAUAUAUAAAGUUGCAUGUAGCAGAUAUCUUGUUUGGCAGUAGCAGGCUGUAGUGGAAAGCUUGCCAAUAAAGCUGUGGUAAAGCAAUUGCAAAUCAUAAUGCAA